AUGGCUCGCGGCGCACCGGCGGCGGAGAGCUCGUGGGCGCGCUGCGUGGGGCGGUGCCGCGCGCGCGCCGCGCUGGCGCUGUGCGGGUGCGCGCCGCACACGCUGCCGUCGCCGCACCGCACCGCCCAAACCUGCUCGCUGCAGCACCUCGCCUGUCUGGCGAAACACAAAGAGAAGUUCACUUUCCUCUAUCCGGGCGACAGCGUGCACGAGAGCCUGAGCGAGGAGCAGCAGGACUCAGUAUCUUGCCUGCACUGCCGCGUGGGCUGCGAGCGGCGCCGCUACUCCGCCGAGCUCGUCACGUCACCGCACACGCCGCACCUGUUCCUCAAUAGGUUCUUUAAAGGGCUGGAUUUGACGAACACCACGAUCAUUUCAAUUUACUACGACAAAGAACACCAGCUCCUCUACAUGCUAGACACUGGUCUGCGCUGGUACGAAGUUUUUGCCGCCAUUAGCAGUCAAAGUAUAUUUGUAGUAGGAUUAACGGUGGUGAGUGUAAUCGAGUUCUUGUACCACUUGAGUUUUAGGUGGUACCAUUAUUAUAUGCUUCACUGGCGGCAGGACCGACGGCUGCGAAAGUUGAAGAAGUCGCAACAUAAUGAUAAUUUUCUAUAA